AUGCCUUACACACCACCCACUCAACGCUCACCAGCUUCUUCUGCUCCACAGUCUCCAGCGCUCAGUCGUCGAUCUUCAUACGGAUACCAGCAUCAAUCUAGCAGCCCUGCACCCACACGACCCGAACUUCCACGGUCGACCUCAUACUUGACCCGGCAGCACAGGCGGACGCCAUCAGUCAAGACCACCUCGUUCGAGGUGGUCCAUGAGCCCACUCCACCUGGAACUGCGGACAAGGACAAUCAUGAUAUCUCAAGUCUAACCUCGUCCGGCAGCAUACGGCAGUCACCUCCGCCAGCGACGGACGCGGCACAAUUGCCUGCUGGAGCAAUCAUCUCACCGCCCGACUCAACUCAGAAUUCAAGUGAUGACGAGGAUGCAAAGAGCCCGCGAGGACGCGAGCUGGAAAAUAUGGAGGAGUUGCAAGCAGCCAUCAGAACCAUCGAGCAGCACAGACAGAGUUCGCCAAGCCGCAUGGCCGAGGACGUCUCGAAAGCUAAUCAGCAUCUCUCAUUGAUCUCGCCCGAGAAAGUUCAAGAUGCCAAAGUGGCUGCCCAGCUCGAUCAACAGAUGAAGCAGGCUGUAAACAGAAUUACCCAUACCAGAUCCAACACUGACUCGUCAGUCUUUGUCGACAUUCGAUCGAACAUGUCUCCAGGCCUAUCACCCGAAACGCCUACCAUGGUAUCCGAUGAAGAUUCUCUGACUGAUGAGGACGAGCCUCGAUCGCGGCGAAAACCUCCUAUGCUCCGAAAGAAGUCUGGGGAGCUGGUCCGACCUGCUCUUAGACCGUCCUCAGCUAGACGGCGACCCUCUAGUAUGCCAGGCACACCAACAUUCUCCAAAGCGGUACACUUCGACUCUCACCUAGAGCACGUACGACACUUCCUUCAGGUCGAUCGACCCCUGGCAGUCAGUGCAGGAUCAUCGCCCGUGGAAGCAUACGAGAGUGACAACGAGUUCCCAUUCAACGAUGAAGAGUCAACCCGGGGUCCUCCAUUCGAGUGGGAGAUCGUCGUCUCAAACUUCCCUGCAGACACUCCUCAGAGACUCGCACUCCCAGUCAGGGUGGAGAGAGUCUUCCUUUCUGCAGAUAACAAGACCUUGAUUGGCAGCGUUGCCGUUGCCAAUCUGGCGUUCAACAAGACUGUCGUUGCACGGUUUACUUUGGACUACUGGAAAACCACUUCGGAGGUCGUCGCUGAGUACAACCACGAUAUCCGCCAGCCAAAGCACGCCGAUGGCUACGACCGUUUCCACUUCAACAUCAAGCUUGCAGACCAAGCUAACCUCGAAGCGAAGACCAUGUUCUUCUGCGUCAAGUAUGCUGUCAACGGCCAGGAAUACUGGGACAACAAUAAUUCUACCAACUUCCAGAUCGAUUUCCGAAAGAAGGCCAAACCUCAAAAUGGCAAGAAGGGCAAACAGGGUGCUGGGUCAAGGCAAGCUGGUUCAUUGCCACGCAGCAACAAGAGGGUAUCCCCCUCGCUAACACAGGCCAAGACAAUGCCUGUUACCUUUGACGACUUCGCCGAUGGGUUUGAAUCUAAGGGAUACCCAUUCGACUUGAAGCAACCAGUCGCCGAUUACCUGGGUGACUCGGAAACCCCAGUCCGAUUAAAGGGAGUCAAGUCGGCUGUCAAUCUUGGCACCGACACCCUCACUCGCCGAGCACCACAACCUAAUGGCCAGGCCUUUGGUAACAGAUACGACUUUGGUGCUUCGCUCUCUGCUGCCAUCCAGGCUGCCAACAACGUCAUGGGUGACAAGAGCGGUAUCCCCGCGAAUCCUGCUACCGCUGGACUCGGAAAGGCGCUUGCCGAUGCCGAUGAUGCUUCACCAUCACCUCUAACUAUGAAGAGCAAUCGCAAGAGUGUCCCGGUACCUGCUAAGAUCUCUACCGCUCCCGUGGCUGGCGGUACCGAGUCACCGCGCCCUGCUGGUGCAUCGAAGCCGGUCAUUGCUUCACAAUCUUACAACGAAUUGUUGGACAAAUAUUGCUUUUUCGGAUCAGCCAAGGGCUCACCACAACUCAAAGAUGGCACAUUAACCGGACAAUAUGAUGGCAGUAAUGAUAAUGGCUAUGUUCUUGGCUCGAGCGAUUCGACCGCAGAAAGCUCUCCCAUUAUGAUGGAAAAGAAGCCUUCGCCUCCACGAAAUCAACAAACGAAUAUGUCGUCUUCGCGUUCUGCUUCACCAGCUCCUAUGACUGGGUUUGUUACGGGUACGUCUUCGAUGUAUCCUUACAACAUGCAUGCUGGUUUUUCUCUACACGAAGCUCAUACACCUACAGCAAUUCGAGGAUGA